AUGUCUAUGCUUCCAACUUUUGGCUUUACGCAAGAGCAAGUCGCUUGCGUCUGCGAGGUCCUCCAACAGGGUGGAAACAUUGAACGGCUCGGGCGCUUUUUGUGGUCUUUACCCGCGUGUGAGCACCUCCACAAAAAUGAAAGUGUUCUCAAAGCUAAAGCUGUGGUCGCAUUCCACAGAGGAAAUUUCAGAGAGCUUUAUAAGAUCCUUGAGAGCCACCAAUUUUCCCCUCACAAUCACCCGAAGCUGCAGCAGCUGUGGCUCAAAGCGCACUACGUCGAGGCGGAGAAGCUCCGAGGCCGCCCUCUCGGGGCUGUGGGUAAAUACCGCGUCCGCAGAAAGUUCCCCCUGCCUCGGUCUAUCUGGGACGGCGAGGAGACAAGUUACUGUUUCAAAGAGAAGAGCCGGAGCGUACUCAGAGAAUGGUACACACAUAACCCCUACCCUUCCCCGCGAGAGAAGAGGGAGCUCGCCGAAGGCACCGGGUUGACAACCACGCAAGUCAGUAACUGGUUCAAAAACAGACGGCAAAGAGACCGCGCGGCAGAAGCUAAGGAAAGGGAAAACAACGAAAACUCCAACACCAACAGCCACAACCCAUUGACUUCUUCCAUGAAUGGAAAUAAAACACUUUUGGGGAGCUCAGAUGACGACAAAACGCCUUCAGGGACUCCUGAUAACACCUCGUCGACUCCGGCUAUGCUCAUCGCUUCAAACUCGGGGCUGCAGAUGCACGGCCUAGCGCCUCCACCCGGGCCUAGCGCCAUGCCAGUGUCCAGCCAUGACUCUGUGCACCAUCAUCACUCUUUGCACGAUACUAUACUGAACCCUAUGUCGUCCAACCUGGUCGACCUCGGCUCUUAA